AUGGAAACUUUAGAGAUAAGUAAAUUUAAUUUAGUAUUAGCGUGCAUUAAAAACAUUGAAAAUUUGGAUGGCAAUGAUCCAAACCAAUUACCAGACUUUAUAGAACAAAUUGAGAAUAUUUUGCCUACAAUUUCUGAAUUCAACUCAGCUAAUAGUAAUGUGCUAUUUGGUUACAUAAAAAACAAAUGCAUUGGUAAAACUAGGGAAGCUAUUCAUCGACAUCCUAACGUAACUUCAUGGCCUAUUUUAAAAGAAAUCUUAACCACAAAUUUUGGCGAGAAAGACAACAGUAAUGACUUGAUGGGUAGUUUAAAAACUUGCAGAAUGCAGGGAACAAUCGAAAAUUAUUAUUACAAAAUUAAUAAAUUAGCUAAUAGAAUUCAUAACAGAAAUUUGACUCAUAAUGAUAAUACUUACUCGACCGAAGAAGUAAAUAGAAUAGCUCUUAAGACUUUUAGAGAAAACCUCCCAGAACCUACAAGGACAAUGAUAUUUUCUAGAAAUCCGAGUACUAUAGAAGGUGCUUUCAAAAUAAUAUUAGAAGCCAGACAUCAACAUUAUACCCAGUUUGGUCCAGCAAAAAGAAAUUAUAUUAAUACAAAUAUAAGAACAAAUUUUAGUGAUAAUUUUAAUAACCCUAAUAAUUUCGAUCGUCAAAGACAACUUAGUUGUAACAACAGUAGCAAUAGAUCUAAUCGAACUAAUUUACAAGUAUCAGUCAAACAAGACGUUCACAUUUUUCACAAACAUCGAAUAGAAAUUAUCAACAAUUUAUCCCUGAUACUAGAUCUUACCAAACUAGGCAACCAGUUGUAA